CCAAGGUUUAAGCGUUUAUUUGCUAAUGAGGACGACGCAAAAGAUCUUACCUGGCAUGCAAAUGGGAGAAAAUCUGAUGGAAUGAUCCGUCAUCCAGCUGAUUGCUCCCAAUGGAGGAAGAUUGAUAGUUUGUAUCCCAAUGGAUUGUAAGUCAUUUUUAAUUAAUAAUUGUAAUUAUCUUUGUGUAUUUUGUGAAUUCCUUGGACAAAUAUGUGUUCGGUACAGGAUUCUUUGGACGAGCAGGCGUCACAGGGAUCGUUUGUCCCCCAUGGACGUCAGGAUAUCCUGACUGCUGCCAUUGGGCGACCAGAGCACCCUGGCCGUGUUCGUGCUGUUGGAGUCGGUGUCACCAUAAAGCAAUACUUUGGAUCAGCUUCACGAACAUCCCGCAGUUCUUCCUCCAUGCCUCUUGAAGACCUAGAACAGCUGACCCAACAAAUCAGAGACCAACUGGAGGAGUCAAUCACAGAAAAAGUGACUCGAAAGAUGAUGGAAUCCUUCAGCCAGAUGCAGUCGCAGUUUCAGUCUCAGAUGCAAUCACAGGGAAUUGCACUACCUCCAGAGCCAGAGGUUGGUCCCUCAGGUCCUCGUGUCAGUACAAAGGAGAGUUGUGUUGCUCCCUCAGGGAACAAUCCAGGGAUGGGUGACUCAGACAAGUGCGGCCUAUAUAUUGAAGAAAAUCCUUCCCGCUUGGUUGCCCUAGGAAGACUUUACGAGGGAUCCACAACAGUUCACAACAUCCCGUUGUUGCAUGGCCAAGUCAAGGUUGGUGUUGAGGAGGUUAAAGAUACAGAGGCAAUGUCUCAGAAUAAAGCACAGCCAUAUUCGGGGUGUUUAAUCAAAACUUCCCGUUGUAUAUAAAGCACGAAGAUCUCUCUGAAAUUGCACAUGGUGGUCAAUGUCUCAGCAUAUCAGUUAUACAGUUGUGGAUUCUCCAUCUGACUGAGACAAGUGUGCGAGCGGGGAAUUCUGAUGUGUAUGGAUUCCUCGAGCCACAGUCCAUUCAGAGAUCUGGACAAUCACAAUUUGAAUCCGAAAGUUACAUCAAGAGUUGGAUACAGAGUUCAAAACGAGAUGUUUACCUUGGAGCCUAUCUGAAUAGUGGACACUGGCAAAUGGUCGUCAUUCUACCUAAGGAAAACCUAGUUGUCUGGUUUUGUUC